CGAUCGCAGUAAUUGCCACCAAAAUUUCCGCUCGCCUUUACCACUAAGAUUUACCGCGAUUUUCCCAUCUCCUAACUACCUUCUGCAGCUACUCGCUCAUGUAUUAUGAGCGCAUUUAAGGCCUCCUUCUUCAUCCGAGAGCUCUACUGCCCCAACCCUUUUUAUACCCGAUUCAUUUCUCGUCAAGGCCCGAGCUUUGCAUUUUCCCAGUCUCGAUUAUACUCUUCUUCUGUUCAAAGGUAUACCUCAAAUAUGGAUCUGCUUAAAGAAGUAGCCAGCAAAGGAACUGAUUCUGCAGGGAGAAUUGCAAUCAAUGCUGAUCAGAAGUCAUGCAGUUACCUCCAACUGAUCUCAUGUGCUAAGAGGAUUUGCAGUCUGUUAACAAAUCUCGAUCUGAAAACCGAGGAUAAGAUUAGGCAGACUAGUGAUCUUGGUGGAGCAAGAAUUGGAAUCAUAGCCAAACCAUGUGCUGAGUUUGUUGCGGCAAUACUUGGUACUUGGCUCAGCGGAGGUGUUGCAGUCCCUCUUGCUCUGAGCUACCCAGAAGCUGAGCUGCUGCAUGUGAUGAAUGAUUCGGACAUCUCUAUGAUAUUGAGUACCGAAGAUCAUCAUGAACUUUUGAAGAGUAUUGCAGUUAAAACUGGGGCUCAGUUGUCUCUCCUUCCUACCAUUCCAAGCAUGCAUUCACUGCCCCCAUCUGAUCAUAACCAAUUGCCAAAAUCGGAAAAUUGUGAUGAUGGAGGUUUAUUAAAAAUAGAGUUCUCCCACAACAUUAAAGGUGAGGACCCCGCAUUGAUAUUAUACACCAGCGGUACAACAGGGAGGCCUAAAGGAGUUGUGCACACACACAAAAGCAUCCUAGCACAGGUCCAAAUGUUAACAGAUGCAUGGGAAUAUACAUCUGAUGACCACUUCUUGCAUUGUCUACCCCUACAUCAUAUCCACAAACACCACAAUUGUUUAUCUCUUAGUCAAACCUCUGUUUCAUUUAUGUCAUUCAUUCAUGUUUAUAAGCAAGCUUCAUGGAGCUGAUCCUUAACUUCUAACUUUACACGUUCAUGGGCUUUUCAAUGCUUUAUUGGCCCCUCUCUACGCUGGAUCUAAGGUUGAAUUUCUUCCAAAAUUCAGUGUGAGGGGAGUAUGGCAGAGAUGGCGCGAAUCAUAUCCAAGUGAUGGGACUAAAUCUCAUGAUGCCAUUACAGUUUUCACUGGUGUUCCUACCAUAUAUACACGAUUAAUACAAGGUUAUGAAGCAAUGGACCCAGAAUUACAAUCUACUUCUGCUUCAGCUGCAAGUCACUUGCGUCUUAUGAUGUGCGGCUCAUCUGCACUUCCACUUCCCAUAAUGCAACAGUGGGAAACAAUCACUGGCCACCGCCUCUUAGAACGAUAUGGCAUGACUGAAUUUGUCAUGGCAAUCUCUAAUCCCUUAAAAGGUAACCGCAAAGGCGGCACCGUUGGCAAGCCAUUUCCUGGUGUGCAGGUCAAGAUCCUUUCAGAAGAUGGUGGUGCUGAUGAUACAACUGGGGUUGGGGAGCUAUGUGUAAAAAGCCCUUCACAGUUUAAAGAAUAUUGGAAGCUUCCUGAGGUAACGAAAGAGUCAUUUACUACUGAUGGAUUUUUCAAGACUGGAGAUGCUGUUAGAGUGGAUGAAGAUGGAUACAUCAUCAUCUUGGGCCGUACAAAUGCAGAUAUAAUGAAGGUUGGUGGAUAUAAGCUAUCUGCACUGGAGAUAGAAGCCGUUCUUUUGGAGCAUCCAGGGGUAUCAGAGUGCUGUGUGUUGGGCUUACCUGAUAAAGACUAUGGGGAAGCUGUGUGUGCAAUAGUUGUGCCAGAUGAGGCAGAGCUUAGGGGGAAGGGUGCGUUAGAAUCAAAAUCUGCUCUCACCUUGCAACAACUUUCUGAUUGGGCCAAGGACAAACUUGCCCCUUACAAGAUACCGACCGCUCUCUACUUGUGGGAGUCACUGCCUCGCAAUGCAAUGGGAAAGGUGAACAAGAAAGAGCUGAAGAAAAUUUUGAUGGAUGAGGUAAAAGAAGUGGCGACUUGAUAAAAAAAACAGGCAGAGAUUGAGAAAUGCCAACAGUCAACAAUGGUAAAUAGAGCUCUUGGAAGAGUCCCAUUACACAUUCUGAUUUCUGAGCAGCAUACAUUAUAUUAUGCACCACUGGCAACCCAUUAUUCAAAAUUGAAGACCCAAAUUUACUCAUUUCUCCCUUUUUUUGUUUAUAGUUUCUUGAACGUCCCAACAGAAAACAAGUGAGUCUAUUAUAGUUUCCUACUAGCAGUAAACGAGUGCCGCCAAUAUAUACUCCAUUUUUAG